UUUUGCAGGCGGACAUACAGGAGAGAGGAGAGAGAGAGCAGCUGUAGCGGCUCGCGCGUCUUCCACCGCACAUUCACGCACACGCACGUUUAUAUCGCGCGCGCGGACAUCCGCAUUAACCGCAUUAACUGUGAAGAUGGUGGACCGCGAACAGCUCGUGCAGAAAGCCCGACUGGCGGAGCAGGCGGAGAGAUAUGACGACAUGGCCGCAGCAAUGAAAUCUGUUACAGAGCUGAACGAGGCCCUGUCCAAUGAGGAGAGGAACCUGCUCUCCGUGGCCUACAAGAACGUGGUGGGCGCACGCCGUUCUUCCUGGCGCGUCAUCUCCAGCAUCGAGCAGAAGACCUCUGCCGAUGGCAACGAAAAAAAGAUAGAGAUGGUUCGCGCCUACCGAGAGAAAAUCGAGAAGGAGCUGGAGGCCGUGUGCCAAGACGUGCUCAACCUCCUCGACAACUUUCUGAUCAAGAACUGCAGCGACGGGCAGCACGAGAGCAAAGUCUUCUAUCUGAAGAUGAAGGGCGACUACUACCGUUACCUGGCGGAGGUUGCCACGGGCGAAAAGAAAGCCACGGUGGUGGAGUCGUCCGAAAAGUCCUACAGCGAAGCCCACGAGAUCAGCAAAGAGCACAUGCAGCCCACCCAUCCCAUUCGCCUGGGUCUGGCUCUGAAUUACUCUGUCUUCUACUACGAGAUCCAGAACGCGCCCGACCAGGCCUGCCAUCUGGCCAAGACGGCUUUCGACGACGCCAUCGCCGAAUUGGACACCCUGAACGAGGACUCGUACAAAGACUCGACGCUCAUCAUGCAACUCCUGCGAGACAACCUGACGCUCUGGACGAGCGAUCAACAGGAUGACGAGGGCGGGGAAGGCAACAACUAAACGGAAGAAAUAAAGAGAUCUUCUUUUUUCCACUCGGCCGUAACAUACAACACGCAGGCUCACACAACAAAGAAAAACAAAAAAAUCAAGUAUAAGUUAAACGAAUAAUUCACACAGAGGGCGCAUGGUGGAAUGGCUUCAGUGAGGUUUGCCGAUGGUAAAGCAGCGCAGUUUUCUUUAUUUUCCGCAAUCAAGGUUGACAGAAAUUGAUAACUAUGCUAGUUGAAAAGAGCGGUCGCCUAUGCCUCUAAUAUUAAAAACAAGCAGCUUAAAGGGAAAACGAAUGAAAUUUUUCUCGGUUGUCAGUCAGUCAGUCAGUCAGUCAGCGGCUAAACGAGGGUUACGAUACACCCGCACACACGGCACAGGGACUGUUCUCGUACCCAAGCCGCAUAUAUAAGUGUAUGAAGUACAUUAUGAGUAAGAAGUAUUUCACAGUAAGAGAAAAGAACAAAUUAUUGACAGAAAAUAACAUUUGAAGUGUAUGUUAUUGACUGCACCGGUAGUGAACGCUUGCAUUUUUGUCUCUAAUAUUGGCUUCUGUAUGUAGGUAAGGAUUUGGAAUUGCACCCAUUAAUCUUCGUCAUUUACGUGCCAUUCAACGAUGCACAUUGUUUUGUGUCCCACAUCUACACAGUACUACAGUAUUACAGUAAUGUUAAGGCAUCUAGCUAAGCUCCACCCCCCUGGCCAACCCCCCAAGUAAGACAUUUUUGUAGGUCCUGGAUCAACUUUUAAUCAAAGAAAAAUCCAAAUUACCCUUAACUCAACCCUAAGCAUUUUUACCCCUCAAUUAGUGUGAAAUAGUAGGUUAAAAAUACGUUUUUGAAAGCCUAAAGAUUACUAAAGAAGAUAACUAAAGAUUCUUACCAUCAACGAGGAGAUGAUAAUCCACACGCAGAGACAUUGACUUGUCUGUCAAUUCCUCCAGAAAACAGCGUGAGGUGCACUUGAGAGUUUAUUUCAGAUAGAAAUCUUUUGAAUUCGUUUAUUGGGAUAAAUAAUGGACACGAGAAAUUUAAAUUCAUGUAGUAUUUUAAUUUGAAUACAAACUAGAGGACCCCCCCUUAUAUUUUUGUGCUUUAUAGGGGGCCCCUCAAGGCUUAUAGGAGGUCCUGGACCACCCCAGCCCCCCCUCAAUUCAAACACUGCAAAUAACAAUGAAAUCCUGAUGCUUUGCUGAAAUAAUGAUACUGUUUACUUACAGGUACCAUAGACUGCUUUAGUUGUUGUUUGGUUAUUUUUGGGUUGGAAACACGUUUUUGACUGUGCACUGGAAUUGUACGUGCAUUUGUGAUUCUUUUCGUUUUGUGUUAUAUUUUCAUGAAAUGCACUUGCCUAUUAUGCUGUUUCUCAGUGUAGGACGACUACAGCUCCAGUAUUCUUGAUAAUACAAUAUUGUGCAUGCUGGUGAUGUAUUUAUAAACCAUACAGUAGCUUGACUUUAUUACAUUUUAAAGGUGUAGAUGUUAUGUAUUCAUAUGAUCAAGAAAUGACUGCAAUUUAAUUUGUUUUUUCUAUUUAUUACUUUAAAUUGGAUAGUUUUUGAAUUAUUCAUAUAUAUUUUUCCUUGCUGAAGUAUGCUAUACCAAACCAUGAAUUAAUCUGUUAUGGAUGUUGCUGUAGUGACAUGCGAUUCUUGUAUUUGGUUUUUAUUAAACAAAAAUGGUCAAAAGACCAAAAAAAGACAAAAACACCACUGCUCGAACCUUUGGCGUGUGUCUGGUUUUUGUCACAUGAGUUAUGAUUACUCUGUAAAACUAUUUUGUUCUUCAAAUGAUUUCUCCUUCUGUGCUAUUUCUGUCAAAAGUCUACUGUGAGAUAUUGAAGAUUUGCUGUAAUAUCAGUGUUAUUGGAGCAUUACCUCUUCUUAUGAUUUUUGUUUUCAUUUCCCUCAUCUACUGGUAUCUUAAAUGUCGUGUAGCGGAUGCACAAAAGGAACAUAAUUAUAAUAAUGAUGAUAAUUAAACCAUAAAUAAAACAAUAAAAACAUGACUGUGCUCUUUUAACAAUUA